AUUGCCUACCCUGAAAAAUAACACACUGCGGCAUUUUCGAUUUCAAACAAUUCAGGGUGUGGAAGGCAUUUUUGUUGUUUUCUAAAUAAUAUGGUGGAUGGCAAAUUAUUGGAACGAUGAAAAUUAAUCUGUUGUGAAAUUAUAAUUCAUUUAGGUUUAUUAUCAGAUAACAGUUAUGUGAUAAAGCACAAUGAUCCUGUUCAUACACCGAUGUGUAGAGGAAUUGGCGAAUUAUAUGCAAGACUAAUUGACACAUACUGCUUUAUCUUCAACCUCCGAGGUCUUACCGAAAGGGAAUGUAGAACUAUAUGGAACUAAUCAACAGAAAAAAAAAUCAUAAUUUUAUGGAUUGGCGUUUUUGGAAAAAAAAUCCAUGAAUUUUUAAAAAAUGUACAGAAUGCUAUAGUAAAAGAACUUUGACAGGGAUAUGGCAAUUUAAAAUUUUUUCAAAAUUAGCAUCUUCAAAAUGGUAUGCGCGGUGUCAUCUUUGGAGGGCUGUAUCUUGGAGCAGAAAUUUUUUAGGAGAAAACAAAAAAAAUAUGUGUUCCUUAAUUAGGCCUUAAUUUUAACAUAAGCUCAAUUCAAUAACAUCUGAGACUAUGAAGGCAGCAAGAUGACUCACAGUUACCUUGGAAAAUACAUUUGCUUUAUGUUUAUAUACUCUGCGUUGGCCAGUAACCCAAGCAGUGGUUGUCAUAGUAUUAAAGAACAUGUGAUAGCUGAACAUUUGGCAACAAAGACACCUUACCGGUUUGUGAUGAACUCGAACGAUAAGCCUGUAAACAUACCAGGGUGUGAGCCACAACGUAUUUGGUUAUUAGUACGUCAUGGAACACGUUAUCCUGGUCGCCAAAUGAUAUUCAAAAUGACUACACAGUUGUCAGAAUUAAGAGAUAUCAUUGUCAUUGGCUAUAGGGGAAAAAAAGAAUAUGGACCAGACCAUAUUUGUGCAAAGGAUAUUGGAAGACUGAAAGCAUGGAAUCUUAAUGUACAAGAAUCACAAGAAAAACAUUUGGCCCAUGAAGGAGAAGAUGAAAUGAUAGAAUUAGCAGAAAGAUUCCAGAAACGAUUUCCUAAACUAUUUCCUGGACAUUUUGACAACAACACCUAUAGGUUUCAAUAUACGGCAACUCAGCGAACUGGUGAAAGUGCUCGAUAUUUUACUAUAGGGCUGUUUGAACGGAGUGGCAGUCUGCACGUGUGGUUUCCAGAGCCACUUGCUAAAGAUCCAGUGCUGAGGUUUUACAAAUUGUGUGAUCGUUGGCGUACACAAGUUGAUAAAAAUCCAGCUACAGUUCUACAGAAAAGGAAAUUUGAAAGAGGUCCUGAAAUGCUUGCUGCAUUGAAGAGGAUAACCACACGUUUAGGCCUCAAUGGGACAAUAGGUGUUGCUGACGCAGAGGUGAUGUACCUUACGUGCACCUUUGAAACUGCCUGGGAAAAGAGGGGUGUUUCUCCUUGGUGUUCUGUUUUCUCAGAAGAAGACCUUAAGGUGUUUGAGUAUUCUGAAGAUCUGAAGUAUUAUUGGGUUGAUGGAUAUGGCUAUGAAUUAACUUACAAACAGGCAUGUCCUGCCCUUAAAGAUAUGAUGGAGCAUUUGCAGCCUAGCUCUGAUAAUGAAAGUGGACAACACACAACUGUUGUUUAUUUUUCACAUUCUGGCACCAUGCUGAAACUGCUGUGUCAUCUAGGACUAUACAAGGAUUCUGGUGUUUUGCUCCAUAGUAACUAUGACUCAAUGGCCGAGCAGCGCAAGUGGCGUGUUGGAAAAAUUGACAGCUUUGGUUCUAAUUUGGCAUUUGUUCUAUUCCAGUGUGGGAAUGAAGCCAAGUUGAUGACACUGCACCAAGAGCGGCCAGUUGUUCUCCCAGGAUGCCCACAAGAUCUUCUGUGCCCUGUAGCACUGUUUAGACAACUUUAUAGUGAGAGCCUUGAGAACUGCAAUUUCCUGGAGAUGUGUGCACUGUGAUACAACCAUUACCCAUAAGUUCAACAAUAUAUUUUUGUAUAUUUUUAGAAUUGACUAUAUGAUUGCGACAAAUUUAUCUGUGUAAACCUUAAAUAUAUUCAGAUUGCUAUUUUAUAAAUUCUGUAUUUGAAACACACAACUGGUAUAUUUUCUGUAAAGAGAAAUAGAUUUUCAUUCAUAUUUUUCAUUGUUAUUUCUAUUUCACUAACCAAUAAAACUGUGUGAUGAAACUGUAAA